CAACCUCUCAGCUAGCAGGGCGAGCUGGGAACCAGUGACCGCUCGUUUCCUCCGGGCUGUGUCCCCUUCCUGACGGGAAAGGAGCGCGCUCGGGGCUCGUCGCCUGCGGAGCGGGGCGAGCCGGGGCAGCAGCGCGGAGGGGACCGGCCCGAGCCCGGCCCCGCUGGGUCACUUGGCGGGGUCUUUUGUUGUCCUUGUCCGGAGCGCAGCGCCGGGAGAAGGCGCCGGGCUGGGAGCUCCGAUCCUCCUCGCUGCACCAUGACAGAAGAAAGCAAGGGGGAAGGCAAGGGGGAGAGCGGGAAGGACUUGGAGAAGCAGCUUCGCUUACGCGUGUGCGUCCUCAACGAGCUGCUCAAGACGGAGCGGGACUACGUGGGCACGCUGGAGUUCCUGGUGUCGGCUUUUCUUCACCGAAUGAUCCAAUGUGCUGCAGCCAAAGUGGAUAAAAAUGUCACAGAAGAAACAGUUAAGAUGUUGUUUUCAAAUAUUGAAGAUAUUCUUGCAGUUCACAAAAACUUCCUGUCCCUUGUGGAGGAUUGUUUACAGCCAGAACCUAAUGCACAGCAUGAAGUUGGAACCUGCUUUCUGAAUUAUAAAGAGAAAUUCCGUAUCUAUGAUGAAUACUGUAGUAACCACGAGAAGGCACAGAAAGUUCUUCUUGACCUGAACAAAAUAAGAACAGUGCGGACGUUUCUUUUGAAUUGCAUGCUCCUUGGCGGACGCAAGAAUACAGAUGUACCCCUGGAGGGAUAUCUAGUGACACCAAUACAGAGAAUAUGCAAGUAUCCCCUUCUUUUGAAGGAAUUACUGAAGCGGACUCCAAGGAAGCACAGUGACUAUGCAGCUCUAAUGGAAGCUCUCCAGGCCAUGAAAGCUGUCUGUUCCAACAUAAAUGAGGCCAAGAGACAAAUGGAAAAAUUAGAAUUUUUGGAAGAAUGGCAGUCUCAUGUUGAAGGAUGGGAGGGGUCCAACAUCACAGACACAUGUACAGAGAUGCUGCGAAGUGGACUGCUACUGAAAAUUUCAGCAGGAAAUAUCCAAGAGAGGAUAUUUUUUCUUUUUGAUAAUCUUCUUGUCUACUGCAAAAAAAAGCACAGGAGGUUGAAGAACAGCAAGGCAUCGACAGAUGGCCACCGUUACCUUUUCCGGGGCAGAAUAAACACGGAGGUGAUGGAAGUAGAGAACGUGGAUGAUGGAACAGCUGACUACCACAGCAGUGGCCACACUGUUAUUAAUGGCUGGAAGAUCCACAACACCGCAAAGAAUAAAUGGUUUGUAUGCAUGGCAAAAACCCCUGAAGAGAAGCAAGAAUGGCUGGAAGCUAUUUUGAAAGAGCGAGAGAGAAGAAAAGGUUUAAAAUUGGGCAUGGAACAGGACACUUGGGUGAUGAUCUCUGAGCAAGGAGAAAGAUUGUACAAAAUGAUGUGCAAACAAGGGAAUCUCAUCAAAGACAGGAAGAGGAAAUUAACCACUUUCCCCAAAUGCUUUCUUGGAAGUGAAUUUGUGUCCUGGCUCUUGGAAAUUGGAGAGAUACACAAAUCUGAAGAAGGUGUUCAUCUUGGCCAAGCUUUACUAGAGAAUGGCAUUAUUCACCAUGUUACAGAUAAGCACCAAUUCAAACCUGAACACAUGCUUUACAGAUUCCGAUAUGAUGAUGGAACAUACUAUCCCAGAAAUGAGAUGCAGGAUGUGAUCUCCAAGGGUGUACGGCUGUACUGUCGUCUUCACAGUCUCUUUACCCCAGUAAUCAGGGAUAAAGACUAUCACUUGAGAACUUACAAAUCUGUGGUUAUGGCUAACAAAUUCAUAGAUUGGUUGAUUGCCCAGGGGGAUUGCCGGACAAGGGAGGAAGCUAUGAUAUUUGGUGUAGCUCUUUGUGAUAAUGGGUUUAUGCACCAUGUGUUAGAGAAAAGUGAAUUUAAAGAUGAACCACUGCUGUUCCGUUUUUAUGCGGAUGAAGAAAUGGAAGGAUCAAAUAUGAAGCACAGACUCAUGAAACAUGAUCUAAAAGUAGUGGAAAAUGUCAUAGCCAAGUCAUUACUGAUUAAAUCUAAUGAAGGAACCUAUGGUUUUGGUUUAGAAGAUAAAAAUAAGGUGCCAAUUAUUAAAGUGGUGGAGAAAGGAUCAAAUGCUGAGAUGGCAGGCUUGGAAGUUGGGAAGAAAAUCUUUGCCAUUAACGGUGACCUGGUUUUUCUGCGCCCCUUCAGUGAAGUGGAUUGCUUCUUGAAAGCCUGUUUAAACAGCAGAAAGCCCCUGCGGGUUCUUGUGAGCACUAAACCUCGAGAGACAGUGAAGAUUCCUGACUCUGCAGAUGGACUUGGAUUCCAAAUCCGGGGUUUUGGCCCGUCUGUUGUCCAUGCUGUUGGGAGAGGAACAGUGGCAGCUGCAGCAGGUCUCCACCCUGGCCAGUGCAUAAUCAAAGUGAAUGGAAUUAAUGUCAGCAAAGAGACUCAUGCCAGUGUUAUUGCUCAUGUCACAGCCUGCAGGAAGUACAGGAGGCCAAUGCAGCAAGAUUCUAUACAGUGGGUUUACAACAGCAUUGAAAGUGCACAGGAAGAUCUUCAGAAAACAAACACCAAACCCUCUGGAGAUGAUGGAGGCGAUGCCUUUGACUGUAAAGUGGAAGAAGUAAUUGACAAAUUUAACACUAUGGCAAUAAUUGAUGGGAAGAAAGAUCAUGUGAGUCUGACUGUUGACAAUGUUCAUCUGGAGUAUGGAGUGGUUUAUGAGUAUGACAGCACAGCUGGAAUAAAGUGCCAUGUCUUGGAAAAAAUGAUUGAACCAAAGGGAUUUUUCAGUUUGACUGCAAAGAUUCUUGAAGCACUGGCAAAAAGCGAUGAACAUUUUGUGCAGAAUUGCAAUAGUCUCAAUUCCUUAAAUGACGUGAUCCCCACUGAACUUCAAAGUAAAUUCAGUGUCAUUUGCAGUGAGAAAAUUGAGCAUAUCUACAGAAGAAUCUCUAGUUAUAAAAAGUUUUCAAGAGUAUUAAAAAACAGAGCUUGGCCUACCUUCAAGCAAGCCAAGUCAAAGAUUUCACCACUUCACAGCAGUGACUUCUGUCCAACCAAUUGCCAUAUCAAUGUGAUGGAAGUGUCUUACCCUAAGACCUCAACUUCCCUUGGUAGUGCCUUUGGUGUACAGUUAGACAGCAGAAAACAUUCUUCCCAUGAAAAGGAAAAUAAAAACACUGACCAAGGUAAACUGAAUCCCAUGAUUUAUGUCCAACAUACCAUUACUACUAUGGCUGCCCCUUCAGGACAGUCCCUUGGCCAGCAAGAGGGCCAUGGUCUGAGGUACCUCUUAAAAGAAGAAGACUUAGAAACACAAGAUGUCUAUCAAAAAUUGCUGUUCAAAUUACAAGCUGCGCUGAAAGAGGUGGAAACCUGUGUCUGUCAAAUAGAUGACCUUCUUUCUUCAAUAACGUAUUCUCCCAAAUCAGAACGUAAAACACCUGAGCCUUUAAUACCAGCAGACAGUGAUAAUGAAAAGGGUGAAAGGAAUGGGAAGAAAGUCUGUUUCAGUGUAACAGGUGAUGAACAAGAAGAUUCUGGUCAUGAUACCAUCAGUAACAGGGAUUCUUACAGUGACUGCAACAGCAAUAGGAACUCAAUUGCCUCUUUCACCAGCAUUUGUAGCAGUCAGUGCAGUUCUUAUUUUCACAGUGAUGAAAUGGAUUCAGGUGAUGAGCUUCCCAUAAGUGUUCGAAUCUCUCAUGAUAAACAGGACAAGCUCCAUAGCUGCUUGGAGCAUCUUUUUGGUCAAGUAGAUUCCAUUGCCAAUCUUUUGAAAGGACCAGCUGUGAUGAGGGCCUUUGAGCAGACAAAAUACUUUACACCUGGACGAGGCCUCCAAGAGUUUCAGCAAGAAAUGGAACCAAAGCUCAGCUGUCCAAAGAGGCUACGGCUCCACAUCAAGCAAGACCCUUGGAACCUCCCCAGCAGUGUCCGGAGCCUUGCCCAGAAUAUCAGGAAAUUUGUUGAAGAGGUGAAGGCACGAAUACUCUUGGCACUUCUAGAAUAUACAGACAGCGAGAUACAACUGAGGCGAGACAUGGUCUUCUGUCAGAGCCUGGUGGCCACAGUCUGCGCGUUUUCAGAGCAGCUGAUGGUGGCCUUAAAUCAGAUGUUUGACAACAACAAAGAAUAUGAAAUGGAGACCCUGGAGGCCAGCAGGAGGUGGCUGGAACAGAUAGCCAGUGCAGGUCUUCUCCUUCAUUUCCAGUCCCUGCUCUCUCCAAACCUGGCUGAUGAACAAGCUAUGCUAGAAGAUACACUGGUUGCAUUGUUUGACUUGGAAAAAGUUACUUUCUACUUCAGACAAUCAGAGCCAGAACCACUAGUUGCAAAUGUACCAAUCACAUACCAAGCAGAAGGAAGCCGGCAAACACUGAAGGUUUACUUCUACCUUGAUGGUUACCAUUUUGAACAGCUUCCACAAAGGCUGAAGAAUGGAGGAGGAUUUAAAAUCCACCCAGUACUUUUUUCGCAAGCAUUGGAGAGCAUGGAAGGAUACUAUUACAGAGACAGUGUCUCAGUGGAAGAAUUUCAAGCUCAGAUUAAUGCUGCCUCACUAGAAAAAGUCAAGCAGUAUAACCAGAAGCUACGGGCAUUCUACCUGGACAAGUCAAACUUGCCUCCAAAUUCAACAUCUAAAGCAGCUUAUAUAGAUAAGCUGAUGAGGCCUCUCAAUUGCUUGGAUGAGCUUUACAGGCUCAUAGGGUCCUUUAUCCGAUCCAAGCGCACGGCUGCCUGCGCGUACACGGCCUGCAGCGCUUCCGGGGUCGGACUGCUCUCCGUGUCCUCGGAGCUCUGCAGCAGGCUUGGGGCUUGUCACAUCAUCAUGUGCAACAGCGGAGUUCACCGGUGCACUCUGAGCGUCACCCUGGAGCAGGCGAUCACGCUGGCCCGGAGCCAUGGGCUGCCCCCUCGCUACAUCAUGCAAGCCACGGAUGUGAUGCGCAAACAGGGUGCGAGAGUACAAAACACAGCCAAGAAUUUAGGAGUGAGGGAUCGAACGCCACAGUCUGUGCCAAGAUUAUACAAGCUGUGCCAGCCACCACCACCUGUUGGAGAAGAAUGAGGAGAUCUGCUCCAGAAAAGAACCCAGUAAUGGCCUUUAGGAUACUGGGACUAUAUGACAAAAAUCCAACUGCACUAUAGCAGUAUGUCCCUGCAGCUUUGAUAAAUAAGAAAAUAAAUCUUUUACUCAGGACGAAGAAAGAAACACAUUGGCAUUGAAAAAUGUCUUCCCAAAAGCAUUUCUGAAAUCUGUGCACUCCACCCUUAUACACAUAGGAUAGUACUCUUCCUUGGGAAUUUUACACUGGAAUCAGAUUAAGUUGAUGCGUCUUGUUUAGCCACAUGAGAGGUAUAACCAGCAGUUUGAAAAAGGUCUUGUUCAGAGGGAAUGUCUUCACUUGUACACUAUGCAGAAUGUGUUCUUGUGGAAGCCUAGAUAAACUAGGCUUGAUAAUGAGCACGCACUUCAUAUGGGGCCCUUUGCACUUGAUAAAGCUUUUUUUUCCUGUCACCAUCAUAAUUUCUUGGAAUGUUGACUUAGCUGUUUCAAGAAUAUAAUGUGAAAUUUAACGAUAGAACGCUCAUUUAGAAUUGUGUGUAAUGGCUGCAGGCAGCUGCUAUGGAUGUGUGCUUGUAAUCAGUAAACUCAGCCAUGUCUGAAGCAGUGCUUGUCACACUGCUUUGGAAGGAGGACCUACAUGACAUAGGAGUGUCUAAUGGUAAGGCAUACAAGGUAAAGUUCUGCCCUUCUGCAGCUGCCAUUAUAAUGAAGGAGUAGUCUGAUCCUCAUCCAUUGUUAGGCUGAGUUUCAAACUCUAAUAGAUGUUUUACAUUUACAUCUCUGCAUUUCAGAGUUUUCCGGAGUUGUGUAUAUUCUUCUGUAGCACUACACUAACAAAUCUACGUAAGGCAGAGAUGAGUCAGUGUUGUUAAACUGGAAAUGACUGGUUGAAGUUCAAGCAUAGUUUGGGAUUUUGAUGUUUUAUGCUACCAUUUUCCACAUUUUGUCAGAAUUGUUUCAUAUAGCACCUCGGUUCUUUGGAGAGGUAAUUGUUAUAGAUUUAUUUUGGAAUUGUGCUAACUAUUUAGAGAGCCCAGGGAGAAUUUGUCUGCAUUUGGCUGUUCUUUUGGCCAAAGGAUUGUCAGAGAAAAUGCCCCCAAAUGAGGAUUUAUAUAUGAACACAUUUAAACAAAAACUGUAUUCUGAAAUAGUUCUACUUGUAGCAUUAGCUAUGUACUCCAUCAGAGCAAGACACAUGCUUUCUGAAUAAAAUUUAUUUUUUGUA